AUGAACCAACAGCACGAAAUGUACUACGAUUAUCCGACCGCUUCCAACCGGUCGCCCAGCUCCACGAGGCAGGGCUACGCUACGGUUGGUCUUUCAGGCCUCGGUGCGCGCGGUCAACGGCCCAUUGACUCCAUGGCUCAGGCCCCAUCCAUUUACGGCGACGACCGAUUCGGCGGCGCAUCCGGCUACGAUACAAUGUCUCGAAUCGAUCGUCUCGCCCCGAAUGCCAACUACAUGCUAGAGAAUUCGCAGACAUGGGCCUACAACGGAGGUGGCGCCGCCAUGAAUGGCCCCCUGAAUGGAAACAGUAGACUUGGUUCGCGGUCAUCAGCUCGAAGACCAGGUCUUCCUACUACCUGGACAGAGCAGCCUGCUCCUCCCAUGCCCUCGAUGAACCAGUACUACGACCACAACAUGCCAGGCGAACACGACAUUGGAAGCAUCACCGAUCACCGCGGUCUCAACACGCCGGGUUCCAUGGACGAGCAGCUCAUUCCGACAGCUAUUGUGAUCAAGAACAUCCAAUUUCAGUGUCGGAAGGAGAUAUUGCAAGGUCUUAUGGCCUCGCUCAACCUCCCCCAGCCGUAUGCUUUCAACUACCACUUUGAUAAGGGCGUCUUCCGAGGACUUGCCUUUGCCAACUUUUCGACUCCAGAAGACACAUCUAUUGUCAUUCAGAAGAUGAACGGACUGGAGGUCAUGGGACGCAAGCUACGCGUCGAGUAUAAGAAGAUGCUCCCCCAAGAAGAGAGGGACCGUAUUGACCGUGAGAAGCGUGAGAAGCGUGGUCAACUGGAAGAACAGCACCGGGCCCCCCUUCCGCAACAUCAGCAAACCGCUCUCCAGGCUCUUGGUGUCAGCGUCAACAAGCAACCUAACGGCUCGCCUAUCCGUAAGCGCAGUUUGCACUCCCCGAUCCAACAUGCGCCGGCUCGCUCACUAGUCCUAGGUGAUAUCGACUUGAACAAUCCGAAGACUCUUGAGUUCUACACUGAACUCACCAUGUUCCAGCGCGACCAGACUAGAGAGACGUACAUAUUUUCUCCGGAUAUUUCGCCCGAAGAACGACGACAGAUCCAUAUUCUCGCUCACAACAUGGGUCUUGAGCACCACUCUAUUGGCGAGAAUGACAGGCGCCAGCUACAAAUCAGCAAGAAGGCUCAGCAGUCGCCACCCAUGCAUGCACCGCACCAGCUCCCGCCAAAUGUUUCGUGGGAGGAUCACAGAAGAGGACUCAGCCGCGCCGCCACCUUUGAUUUCGCAGAGUCAAGAAUUGGAGCAGGCAGCGCCUACCAUACUAUUGGAAGACAGGGUCCGACUUUGGAGCUGCCCAACUCUCUUGAAAGCGGCAUCCCGAACAAUCUUCGCGCCGCCAAGAGCUUUGCCGAUCUGCGCACUCACAGUCCCAGCCCUGCUCCAUCUGGCUCUAGUUAUGCCGGUAUUGGAAACGGGCUCGGUGCUUCCAGAUACGGCGACUAUGGCUCCCUUGCCACUCCGCCCAACCUGACACCUACAUCGGGACAGAAUCCCGGGGCCAGCACGGAUACCCUGCUGUCGGGCGGUAUGGGCUCUUUGAGCUUGGGAUAUGAUCCCACUUCUUCGCAUCUCCGCUCGACUCCUGGAGCGAUCGGUAGCCAGAGACCUGUUGGUGGCAAUACGUCCGCACCCAGCCGUGCCGCCCCCGACCGGCAGCCACGUGGACCGGAGUGGGGUGAGGCCUUCAACAGCCGCAACCGAGGCCAUAUGCAGAGGAACAGCGGUAAGCUGGAGUCGAAAACACAGUCAUUUGCGGCCUUUGGAAACUAA